UACGAACGUGUACGCAUGUGGGUGCAACCAUGGGUUGUUAUAGUGUUUCAAGUAGAAAAGGGCUGUAUAAACUUCGAAGAUUUAAUGGAACAUUUAUGAUAAAAACAUCACUGCUCGUGAUAAUAGGUCUGAUAAAAUGCGGAGUGACGGAAGAAUCAAGCCCAGCUCCCUCUGCGGCCACUAUUCUCGGCAAUUUGUACCGUCAAGCUCGUUCAGAGCAUUAUUACGCUAGCAAGUAUGGCGCUGAGGGUUCUUCGGUAACUUCCGGUGCCAUUGGGGUUCGUGCUGCUGAACCUGAGCAUCGAGAUGCUGCUUAUUACGAAUCCCGUUGUAUAACUUGUGAUCCCAAUAAAUCUGUCUCUCAUGACAGAGGAUGGAGACCGAAACCUAGACCGUUUGAUUAUUAUGAUGAUGAUCUUGAUGCUCGCCGGUAUCGUGAUCGUUAUGAACCGGAUAGACCUAGGGGUUAUGAAUAUGAACGACCUCGGGGACCCGUGCUUGAUUAUGAUCGUGUGAAGGAACCUGGUUAUGAGUACAGUAGAGGACGACCCAUUUAUGAUCUUGAUCGAUAUGAACCACAGAUGAAGACCGACUUAAUGAGACCACUGCCUUAUCAUGACAGGUACGAUAUGCAUUUAGGCCGAGAUCGGUUCUAUGACAUGAGAUAUGACCGCAACUACGAUCGGUUCGCCGACCGCGGCAAUGGUUACGACAACUUGGAUCAACGCCAUUUAGGUUAUGGAAAUCGAUACGAACCUUAUGAUUCACCUCGACGUCCUAUAGACGAUCUUUAUGGUCGUUAUGAUCGUUAUAAUCGCAAUUAUCCCCCACGAGGAUAUGACUACGAUCGGUAUGAUUUUUAUGAUAGAAGUGGUUACAGAAGACCGUACGACGAUCGAUACGACUGGUACGAUAGGUACCCAAUGAGAAAUGGAGCUGAUUACGGAUACUAUUCUUCCAGUGCUUGGGGUCCUAGUUAUGAAAGAGGUUACGCAAGUGCCUGGAAUUAUAUGGGCGGCCAUAGAGAUGCAUGGAGAAAUCCCGGACGAGAGAGAGAUCCUGGAGAUAAUUGGAAAGACUUAAAUAGAGAACGAGAUUCUGGGACUUAUCGACCACGAGAUUAUUUUUAUGACAGCACCGUGCAGCCAGGUGGUUCAAGGGGAACGAGCUAUCUAUAUGAUCGAGCCGAAUCUUCAACAAAGCCCGACUCUGCUGAUCGUGACAAGCCCACAAGCUCGCCCCAGACACAAGAUAAUAAAGUAUACAAGGAUUAAAAAUACACAUCCAAUAAAUAAAUAAUUUCAUGAAUGAUCUCGUUCAUUUUUUUCAAUCAUUAAUUUAUUAUUGUUUUUUUUUUAUUCUGAUAAAAAUUUUUUUUUUGUAAUUAGACUAAAUAGACCAAUGGAUAGACAUUUUUGAUAAGACAGAUGAAUUGUUAAAGUUAUAAAUGAUUAAAGUAUAAUUAAAUACUUUUUGGUAUUUCAAUUAUGGCCUGAUGAAUUAAAAAAAGAAUCGACUUUUUUCAUAUAAAUUUAUUUUGUAUGCAUAGUAAUUGUAU